UGUUGGCCGUUCUAAAAGUCCAAAUGGACCUUAUUUUGACAAUAAAAAUGUAUCAAUGAUGAAUGGGGGUGGAAUGCUUUUGUUAUCUUCUAAUGGGAAUGAAAUUGGACCUGGAGGACAAAGUGUUUAUACAGCAGAGGGUUUUGGUGAUUUGUUAAUUUAUCAUUAUUAUGAUAAAAAUGAUAAUGGAAUGCCAAAAUUGGGAAUAAAGAAGAUUGGAUGGGAUUCAAAUAAAUGGCCUAAAUUGUCUAAUUUUUGA